AUGGCCGAAUCUCACGCCGGCAGGAUGUCCGGGCUAAUCAACUCAUUCGAAGGGCUUCAAAGCGAAGCUCAGCAGAUCCCAAUCUACGAGGAUCAAGUUACAAAGGAAAUGGCACGUAUCCAUGAAGAAUACCGUCAGAUCUGGGAUCGAAUCAACUACGGUCGAGGACCACGCGCCCUAUUUAACGAAAUCGCAAUUCGAACACAGCUCUUAGCUAAACUAGAAUCGAUAUGUUUACCUUGCUUACACGGUCACGUUUAUGCGCUUUCGAAAGCACUUGUGCUCCGUCGAUCGGAUCCGCCGAUUCACAACCAACCAUUGCCAUUCGUUUCCAAAUUGAAAUUGAUGUUGAAAGUUUUAUCAAAACUGGAAAGCACCUUACGCGACAUUAAAUUCGCGAUAGCUUGCAUCAGUCCAGAACUAGAUACUGAACAAAUGAGGGAGGAUAAAGAUCUCAAGCAACUGAAGCUCUUCCCAUGCUCAGGUUUAGCAUUAAGAACGUACGCGACAACCGGACUAGUUACUGAAUUACUUCGAAUCUCUUGCGAAUUCAUCAAAGAAUCCGGACACAACUUCUUUGAAGACCCUUCGAAGAGAAAUGAAAUAGAGUCGAUGUCAGCUGCUUGCUUGGAAUCAGUCAACCAGACGCUCAUCUUCAUCAGUCACUCCGAAGCAAAUAUAUUCCAAGGCGGCUGGGAAGUAAAUAUAAAAAAAAUGAGUGGUUCGCUGGAGAAGUUUGUCAAGUUUGUCAAUCGAACUCAAGCAGAAAUAGACGAAGAAAACAGACUGUCGCUUGCCGAUCAAGUUUCCACUGGCCCUGAAACCUCCCGCCCUGUGAGAAAUACGUCCCAGCCGCCGCAAGAAGCCGAGAAUCCACGACUUGCGCAUGCGACGAUAUCAGUUAUAUCGAUCAUAAAACUAUCGCGACUGCUUGUGGCAAAGCUUCUGAAGAUGUCGACCGACAAAGAAAACUUGGCGAUUGUCAGCGACCUGAGUUCCAGAGAGCUCGCACUGUUUGUCACCAUGGUGGACGCUCUUACAGACAGUAUUGAGAAACUUGUGGAUGCUCUGUGCGCAGACAUUCCCGAAGAUCAAUAUGAUGAUAUUAUAGUCAUUAACACAUCGAUCUGCCAUCUACUCACUGCUCCUAGGUUUAUUUUGCAAGCUGUCCGGCAUAUCUUUCGCCCCGUCCAUCACGAUCAGCCUUUGGAAAAAAUUCACCUCAAAGCUUGGUUUUAUCGGUGGAAUAAACUCCAUCACUCGACCGCAACCAACUUAGACAAGAUUUUUGGACUCAACUUGCCCUUAUAA